AUGCAUCCUCAACAGUAUGUAACACAAUUACCAGGUUCUUCAUCAUCAUCAGCUGGAGGAUCUCCAACAACCGCCGUACAAGUUCAAGCGGCUGCAGCUGCUGCAGCAGCAGCUCAAGCAGCAGCUAAUAUGCCACUAAUAGCAUCAAUAGCUAAUGUAAAAGAUUCACGAUGGUUAACAUUAGAAGUAUGCCGUGAAUAUCAACGUGGAAAAUGUACCCGGUCCGAACAAGAAUGUAAAUUUGCUCAUCCACCGACACAUGUUGAAGUUAACAGUGGUAAAGUCAUUGCUUGCUUCGAUUCACUUAAGGGCAAAUGCAAUCGUACUAAUCCACCGUGUAAAUAUCUUCAUCCACCACAACACUUACGCGAUAUUUUACUUCAAAACGGACGCAAUAAUCUUAUUCUUCGUAGUAUUGCUAUGAAUAUCGCUGCUAAUCAAGCUAUUUAUCCACAAACGGCAACUCAUAUGCCAUAUCCCAACGGUGCUAUUCUUCAAAAUCCUAUUCAACAAACUGCUUCACUUGCAUCCUAUCCUCAUAUGGGACCAAAUGGUCCAACCCAACAAACAUUAUUAUUUAAUCAAGCCGGUCAAGCUUUUAGCAUUCCUUUACAUGCAACACAUUUACAACAAUUACCACAAGGUACAACUGCAACUGCUAUGUAUAGUUCAGAUGGUGCGCAAUAUUUUCAACCGGUGACACAAUUAACUGCACAAGGAGCUGGACAAAAAGCAACACGUACCGAUCGUCUUGAAGUGUGUUCAGAUUUUCAGCACGGUCAAUGCUUAUAUAAUGCUGAUACAUGUCCAUUUGCACAUCCCCAAGCACAUUGUCCACUUGAUGCAGAUGGUCUUGUUACUGUUUGUGUUGAUUAUGUUAAAGGAAAAUGUGUUCGUGAAACAUGCAAAUAUUUUCAUCCACCUGAACAUCUUGUUGCACAAUUAAAACAUGUUAAAGCUCAAUCAGCAGCAGCAGCUGCUGCACAAGUUUUUUCUAAUACAGCAAAUACUAUACAAUAUUCACCAUCAACUAUUCAAUUGGUUCAUCCACUUACAAUGAACAGUAGUCAGCCUAUGUUGGCUGCACCACAUACUACUUAUGCCUAUCCUCAACAAACAUCUACAGCACGUGCUUCUUCCUCGCCGUUGCAACAACAACAACAAAAUGCUCAUGAAGAUGAUGGAACAUAUGCAAAUAAUUUUGUUCAAUCUUAUCAACCAUAUCCAGGAACAAUACAAACAAUCUAUGCACGAGCUCCAUCUGUUGAUUUAAAAGAUGCAUCAUUAAUUAAUUCAACAAAUGGUGAUAAUGUUGGUCUGAAUGGUUCUACAUCAUCCUCUUCAUCAUCAUCAACAGGUGUUAAGGCAGUGAUCGAUCCUGUCAGCAGCAGCAGCAUCACACAGCAGACAAAAAAACGACCGCUUGAAGACGAUACUGCUACUACCGGUGCCUACCUGCAGCUGCCACUUGGUGCACAACUUAUUGCUGCACCGCAAUAUGUUCAACAACAACAGUCUCAACAACAACAGCAACAACAACAGCAGCAGCAGCAGCAACAACAUCAACAACAUCAACAGAAACGGUCGGCUAUUGCUGAUCCUAAAACAGGUAUACCAAUGGCUGCUUAUCCAAUGACAGCAUUUUCUUAUCCAUCACCAUCACCAUUGCCAAUACAAUUUCAACAACCAUAUUUAACAGCUGUUCCUAUGACAUUUACUGGAUAUACUUCCCAUAUGCCGAGACUUUAA